CUGCACCUGGAGACAUCAUAACAUAACCUCAAAUAAACAAAUUAUUAGUCUAUAGAAAGUCUAAUAGAUAGGCCCUAGAUAACAAAUUUACACGUUGAUGACUGACAGAAGGAAAAAACCCUGGAACGCUUAAUUGAGUUAAAAUUGUAAUUCCACCUUAAAAAUGGAAGAUGAUCAGCAACCAGAAGACGAGCAGAAGAGGUUUGCAGCCGACAGAGCUAAACUUGGACGAGCAGGUUGUAAAAAAUGUAAACAGAAAAUUGAAACAGGAGCUCUCCGAAUCGCUAAAAUUGCUCCGAACCCCUUUGGUAGUGGGGGUGGAGCUAUGAAGAUGUGGCAUCACGCCAAUUGUAUGUUUGAGGUCUUUGCAAAACAAAGAGCAACAACAGCUCGUAUAGAAUCGGGAGACGACGUGGAAGGCUGGGACAAUCUCUCGCCGGAAGAUCAAGAGGAAAUAUUACAACUUGUUGCUAACUUAGCUGGAUCGGUAAAGGUUAAAAAGACGCCAACAAAACCCAAGAAAGCAACGCCAGCCAAGGCAACGUCAACUGUAACCAGUGUUGCCACAACUUCAGCACCAACUGUUACCAGUUCUGCCACCUUGACAGACAAGAAUCAUAAAGACAACUCGUUCAGAGAAUUUCGAAGGUUGUGUGCAGACAUUGCAAACGCCAGCAGUUAUUUGACUAAAACAUCUAUUGUAAAAGAAUUUUUUGAUAAAGGAACUGAAAAAGAUGCAUUUCGAGGUGAUAUUCUGCUGUGGUGUCGUCUGCUCUUGCCAGGCGCAGUCAAGAGAGUGUACAAUUUACAAUCCAAGCAAAUCAUCAAACUAUUCAGUCGCAUUUUUGGCACAGAUCAAGACGAAAUGUUAGAAGAUUUGGAACAAGGGGAUGUUGCAGAAACCAUCAGGGUCUUUUUUGAACAGAGUAAAUUGGCCAUUCCAGCUAAGAAAAGCCUUCUUACUUUACCGGAUGUUGAUGUUUUUUUAGAAAAGCUAUCCAAGCUUACUAAAGAAGAAGAGCAAAUCAAUCACUUCAAACAAAUUGUCGACAAGUGCACUCCUAAUGAUUUGAAGAUGAUCAUACGCCUGGUUAAACAUGAUUUAAGGAUUAACGCUGGGCCUAAACACAUACUAGAAGGCAUACAUCCAGAUGCGUAUCAAGCAUUCCAAACCACCAGAGAUAUCGGUAGCGUAGUUACAAGUGUUAUGCCAACACGCAGUCAUUCAGGCGCUCCUCAGGCGACGCUCAAAAUUGGCGUCAAAACGCUCACUCCUGUAUUACCUAUGUUGGCGGAGGCGUGCAAGUCUGUUGAGCAAGCUAUGAAGAAGUGUCCCAACGGCAUGUAUGCGGAGAUUAAGUACGACGGAGAAAGAGUACAAGUGCACAAGCAAGGGAACGAGUUCAAGUUCUUCUCUAGAAGUCUGAAACCGGUUCUGCCUCAUAAGGUUAGUCAUUUUAAAGACUACAUUCCCCAGGCGUUCCCGUACGGUCAAGACAUGAUCUUGGAUAGUGAAAUUCUAAUGAUUGACGUCAAUACGAGCAAACCCCUGCCAUUCGGAACACUCGGUAUUCACAAGAAAGCGGAGUUUAAAGACGCAAACGUUUGUUUGUUUGUGUUCGACUGCAUCUACUACAACGGAGAAUCACUUAUGAACAAACCUCUGAAAGAAAGAAGGAAGAUUUUGGAAAAGAAUAUGAAUGAAAUAAAAAAUCACAUUGUAUUCUCUGAGCAGAAAGAGAUUCAUAAUCCUAAAGAUUUGGAAGCCAAGAUGACGGAAGUGUUCAGAUUAGGCUUGGAGGGGCUUGUGCUGAAAGAUUUGAUGAGUAUUUAUGAGCCUGGUAAACGGCAUUGGCUAAAGGUGAAAAAAGAUUACCUGAUGGACGGAGCGAUGGCUGACUCAGCUGACUUGAUAGUGUUGGGAGCUUGGUAUGGCACUGGGCAGAAAGGUGGAAUGAUGUCCGUUUUCCUUAUGGGAUGUUACAAUCCGCAAACUAGGAAGUUCUGCACGGUCACCAAAGUUCACACAGGCCACGAUGACAAAACAUUGGAAAGGCUACAGACGGAGUUGGAUAUGGUGAAAAUCAGCAAAGAUGCCUCGAAAGUUCCUUCUUGGCUGAACUGUACAAAGACGAUGGUUCCAGACUUUGUAGCAAGAGAUCCAAAGGCGCAACCAGUUUGGGAGAUCACAGGGGCAGAGUUUACAAAACACGAUGUUCACACAGCGUCCGGAAUAUCCGUGAGGUUUCCUCGAGUUACCAGAAUACGGAGCGAUAAAGACUGGGAGACUGCGACCUCUCUGCCUGAGCUUCAGGAACUCUACAAGACGUCCAAGGACACGUCAGACUUCACCUUAGGAGGAGCGUCUGGUUCCACGUCGAACAGUUCGAGUCCGACAUCUUCUCCAAGAAAGCGAGCGGCUACUGACGAUUCUCCUCGAAAGAAACCUGAAGAGUCUCCUCGUAAGAAACGAGCCUCAGAACCUGAAAGACCUUCGGCCGUGGACGUAGUUCCUGGGAAGAAAAUGCUGAAGCGUGUUACUGUGCACUUAACAGAUGUGAUGGGUAACGAAUUCACUCGAGAUAUUCUGCAGGUUGAUGACGAGAAUAACGAUUCAAGUUUAGAUCCUCCGCCUAAGAAGAAACAGAGAGUUCUAAAAAAUCCGCUACCAGAUGUUUUUGUUGGUGUUAGACUUCACCUCCCUGAGGACGGUAUUGAGAAAAGAGAUGUCUUGGAGCGAUAUUUUAUAGCCUACGGAGGUGAAAUAGUUCCUGCAGACGAAGCAACCCACACGAUUGUCGAUGAAGGCGGGAACCCUCCCCUAUCAGGAGUAGGGGUGAGUGAAGCCUGGCUCUGGGACAGCAUCAAACUACAGACACUACAAGUUUCUAGUCACUACUCCCGAUCAUUGUAAACAUUGUGUAAUCUCCAUGAAAUUGUGUCUUAUUGUUGUUACAUUGUACGUUUGGCUGAGAUAUUUGUAAACACUUGUUUCUGAGGUGAACUUUUGAUAGGGCCUAGAAUGGUCAUGGAUUUAACAUUCUUCCUUUUAAAUGUCCUUAUGGAACAGCCGAGGAAACUAUAAGGGAUGUUGACCAGUCAUAGAUCGUGUUAGGGUGACGAGUUGUGAGGUUAGUGCGAGAGAGACAGAAAUCUACCCCCACCUCUCUUCCUCUACGCUGAAUAUUAGUUAAUUUAAAUAUACUGGCAACUCAGUUGAAUACGAAAUAACUAACCAUAUCAGCAAUUUGACCCUACUUUCUCCCAUUAGCUUGUCAACUCUCAUUAUGGGAAAGCGGUGGGAGUAACUAUGGUAUUUUAUAGGUAAUAAAAGUAAUAACUUUUUAACCGUAAUUUUUACAGCAUCGGAGGUAACACCAUUUUCUUUAGAGUUAAAAGGACGGAAACAAAAUAAAUUUUGAUCAGAAUCAAUCUGUUUUUUUAAGCCCUACAGAAUAGUUUGGAAAGAAAUUACAAAGUUUUAUGUUUUGGGGGUCAAAUAUGGGAAAAAUUAAUUUUAAGCCUAUAAAAUCUAAUAAACAACCCCGUUUCCAUAUUCCAACUAUGCUGGUUCGUGAACUUGUUGAAAUAAACUUAGGUUUACAUGUUUGUACCAAAUUUCAUCAAUAUCAAUCAUUUUUACUCUAGGAGAGGCGCUUUUGGCCUCUUGGGACAUCAAAAAAAAUAUAGUAAAGUGAUGCCAGGUUCAGUCUUACCAUGAGUCCUACGGUGAUAGCUUAUCCCCUAUAUUUGCUAAAAGUACUUUAAAAACUUCCAUUAUAUAGUGGGAAUUUUGAUAAAUUUCAAGCAAACCUUUCUUAGUAUUCAGAACCAAUGUCCAUAUUUAGAAUAAUGCAUGUAUUUUUUACUUUUUGGAUGACAGUUUUGCUACUUUUUAA